AUCUUAAGCUUUGUUAAUGUAAUAAGCCAAUGGCUCGUCUUAUCCCAAUUUCUCAACCUUUCUUCUCUUCAAACACUAAACCACCAAUCGCCGCCGCUCAAAUCUCCAACCACCCGCCGCAACCACAAAUCCUCUCCCGUAGAGACACUGUAGUUCUCAUCUCCUCCGCCGCUUCUCUUCUCCUCUCUCUCACUCCCUCCGAUCCCGCUUCUGCCUUCUCCUUAGGAAUCUCAGGACCUAAAGAGUGGCUUAAAGAUCAGAAGAAGAAGUCAUCAAGAUUCUUACUUGCUCCCAUUGAUGCGUCUCGUGAAGCUCUUCGCUCUGCUUAUCUUUCGAUUACUAGUGAAUCUGAGUAUUCAGAUAAAGAUUUGGAGAAUCUUCAGAAUCUGUUUAAGUCUUCUGCUAGAGACUGUGUUCCUAAAGAGAGAAGCUCUCUUGUGGACUUUCAAUCUAAAUCCGGUGUCGAGGUUUGUACAUUCAAGCUUGUUGUGAAGAAUGCUGCUUCAUUACUAGAUGAUAAAGACCCACUUAAAUUAGAAGCUGAGAAUAUACUCAGUGAACUUGUUAGGUCUUUUGGUUCCCUCAUCGUGUUGACGAAUGGUAUUGAUAUGAAUCUUCCUUCUGAUAGAAAAAAGCUUGCGGAUGCGGUUACUGAGGCUAUCUCUUAUCUUGACAAAUUUGAGAAGGGUGUUAAGGACUGCCUUGAGAUAUGAUCUUGAAGUCUAGUUCUCUCUUCUUUCUCUUUUUUUGAACUCAUUCUGGCUGUAUAGGUGUACCAACAUCUGUUACAAGUGUCUUGAUGAAUGAAAUCUCGUUUAAAUAAAUAAAAUUGAAUGCGUGAUGGUUAGGUUCGUUCA